CGGACUUGACGCAGGUGCGUCAAGCCGGGAGAUAAUUGCCAAGGUAAAUCCCGAGGACGUACUCAAGAGGAACGUUGUCAUUCACCGGAUAAAUCUCAGGCGUGGGGAAAGAAAAAAAAAAAAAUCCGGUUUUAAUUCAUGAUUGAAUAUUAAACCGACCUCACUGAUCAUGCGGGGAGACACAGCCACGGAGACCGGUGUGGAGGGGGGCGAUCGUGGAGCCCCAACAGAAACCGCGUCUGGGGAAAGACGACCGAGUAUUGUGUCGCUACAAAAUAUGCUGAAAAAAGUCUCCCAAAGCCCUCUCCAUAAUCAGUACAAGACUCUUGUUUCAUCACCCUCUAAUUCCAGUGGAUCAUCUGUGAAUGAGUCUCGAAACAAACAGGAUGACGAGUUCCUUAGUCAUCUCUCAGCUGCUGCCACAGGUGUGACAGACAACCACCAGCUACACUUAGCACAGAAUGGAGAACAGGAAAUGCUCCAUUUAAGCCCUCAGAAUGGAGUCAAUGGGGAUUUGGCCAGAAUGAACCAAUUUUAUGUGAAUUAUUUGGAAUCGUGCAGCAAAGGAAACAUAAUGGAGGAUGUGGGAAUGGAAAAUUCAAAGGAAAUAAACCUCAAUACCAUCUUUGUCGCUCCACCUGAAUUUCAGAGCUCGCCCCUGGAUCUUCAGCCCAAAAUUCAGACUCUGGAAAAUGGAGAAAAGUUUUCUGAAGCUCAGGAGGACCUAUUCCAGACCCUUACCUACAACCCCAUGCAAGACCUCUUCCAUACAUCGAAACUGGCCCAAAAUGCAUCUGCCAGUAGUCAUUUUCAUGAUGAAACGCUAAACUCACCAGACUUAUUUAAAACAAAUCCUGCUCUAACACAGGACUUCUCCAAAGCCUUGCAGUCAAAGAGCUCUGACCUCUUUAAAGGUGAAGGGGAAGACCUUUUCAGGGCUGCUAAAGGAGAGGAUUUAAUCCACACAGCACGUGCUAAGGAAGCGAAUCUCAUCGACAAAUCUCCGAGCAUUUUUGUGGACCCAUUCAAGUCUCCCUCAAACAAGGAGGACGUUCUGUUCCAGUCUUCACAGCCUACGGUAGUGAACCCAUUUUAUUCUGCUUCCACCACUGAAGCAGAUUUGUUUCAAGCCGUUCCAACUAAAAGGUGGGAACUCUUGGAUGUCAAGAAAAACAAACAAGAUCCCUCUACGAAAGGGUAUGGCCAUUUUGGCACGUCUUCCAAGGAAAAUAUGGACAUAUUUUCAUCUUCAUCCACAAAUACAGUCGACCCAUUCCCAAGCCCAAUUGCAAGGGAUUUAUUCCAAGACAUCUCCAGUUUGGAAGACCCGUUUGGUACUACUCCCUCAAAACAACACGACCCUUUCCAAGAUUUUUUAAAUGGGACUCCAGACAUCUUCCAACCACUUCCCUCUAAGACUAACAGCAGGGAUAUAUUUGAGACAACCUUCAGCAAUACUGCCUCUAAGGCUAUGUACCCUACGCCUUCACUCAACAGUCCGUCAGAAUCGAAGCUUGACAUGCUAUCGUCACCAGAUCUCUUCAGAGCAACGCCAUCAGAAUCUCUUCCAUCCAACAGGCCACAGGAUAUUGUGUUGACAACUUCUAAGGGAACCAAACAUGAUAUUCUUCAGCCGACUCCUUUCAGUCAGGCCAGUUAUCUGUCUGUGUCCCCCAGCCAGUCUUCAGCUGAAAUGACUCAUGUGCCAACCUUCAAACGUCCACCAAAGCCACUUCCUCGAACUAGACCACCAAGGAUAGGAAAGCCACCAAAACCAGAAAAGCCACCCACACCAGUAAAACCUAUUGAACAGGAUCCAGUUGUACGAAAAACGUCUCCUAAACCAGCCUUCGGACUGCUCCCAAAGCCAGUUGGUCACCACAAACCAAAAACUCCAGAAAGUAAAACAGUGGACCCUGAGAACAAUGUUGUCUUUGAGGAUAUCCUGCUUAUUGGACAGGAAAGGUGUGUGGAAGACUGGCCUGAGGACAGUCCUGAACUUAACCCUGACUUCAAACCAUCUGGAAAAUUUAGACUGCGGCGAGAGUCACUGAAGGUGAAGACGGACUCCGAUGGAGGAAGUGGUGAGGAUCAGGAUGGCUCUGGAGGUCAGAGCAAGAGAAAGAACAAGAAAUUCAGAAUGUCUCAACUCUCCAGAAGAGGCUCACAGGAUAAGUUUCCUGAUGACACACAGGAGGGGAGGACCAGGGCUCUACCCAUCCCUCGUAAAUCAUCAAAGGAGUAUUUUUCAGAAAUACACUUGGCUGCAGGAGAGAAUGAAGAUGGAGAGCAGAAUGGGAUGGACUACAAAAAGAAACCUCUGAAGACCAAAGUGAACCGGUUGCUUAGAAGAGCAUCCACUACUUCCUCCAUGCCAGAGGGAAACCACAUGAAUGAACAUUUAUCUCAAGAAUCAAGGGACGAUGACAUCAAUAAGAAGAGCGUCGACAAGAAAAACUCCAUUAUACGACGAUGGUCAGAGGGGACAGUGGUGGAUGACAGCACUGGUGAAGAGGAGGACAGAGGGGAAGCCCAGCGUGAAGAGAAGAGAAGAAACAGGGUGAAAAUUAAGUUUAUGCCACACAGAGGCUUCGCCAUCACUGUAGAAAAGAACGAUGAUAAACUGAAGGGAACACACGGACAUACACAUCGUAAAGGAUCAAAGGAGAAAUCACAAGACGAGCUUUUAGGCGCACUUGGCUACACGCCGCGUAAAAAGUCAGAGGAUAAUUCUUUUGAGGAUGCAGAAGGGAUGAAAGGCCACAAUCUUCAGUCAACUGGCAAGGCAGCUUUCAUGGAUGACAAGCACUUACAGAAAACACACCAUUUUUCUCCUGGAUUAAAUGGAGAUGAAGAUGCUUAUGGAAUGGAAGACUGCAAACCUAAGAAACCAUCAAAGAUGAAAUUGCUGCACAUGGGUCGUCGAAGCUCUAAGGAGGACAGGCUGGAUGACAGUAGUUCUCAGAAAAAGAAGAGCAGCUUCUCAGAAGAGGAGUUGGAUGAUGAAGAACUAAACUGGAUGGAGGACUGCAAACAGAAAAAUUCCAAACAUAAAGGUUGUAAUCCUGUUCCACGCAAAUGUAAGACGGCCUACGAUACGACUGGACAGCCUGAGCCGAUCAGAUUCAGCCAACACGUACCUCAGCAGGCAUUCAAUGGAUGUUUAAUGCACAAUGAUGACUUUGCUGAGGAUGAAAUUAAAGGAAAAGAUUUCACGAGUCCAGGAGAGAUGUAUGACAGUGAACAAGAUGAACUGGAAACCUGCAAACCGGUGAAAAAGUCAUGGAAACUGAAAGGCCUCAUGAAAUACAAGGCUAAGGGCAAAGCCAUGCAUCUAGAGUGUGAGGACCCACCCGGAGCAACAUCUAGUGACUACUUGUCAGAGGCUGCCAAGGCAGAGUGGCUGGCUGCUCAGAAGGAUGAGCGUGCUAUGGCUGGUUUGGAGGAUGGAGAUGAGGAAGGGGACACUGACAGUUUGAUGGAAUGGUGGUACACUGUGGAAAAAUGGGAUGAGGUGCCAUCAGAUGAUGAGAGCAAAGUCAUAAAGGAGGAUGAGUCCAAAUCAUUCACCAUCUUGGCGGAUAAGGUUCACCAUGGCCUGCGGGUCUUCAACAAGGUCUUCACAGAGAGAGCAGAGGUCCUCUGGCAGUCCGUAAUCGCGCUCCACGCCAUCGCCGAUGACAUCAACAACUUCCACCAAAAGGCCAAGAUCGCCGGCAUCACUGGCGGCACCACCACAGCUGUGGGGGGUGUGACAGCCAUCGCCGGUCUGGCGCUGGCCCCCUUCACGUUUGGUGCCUCUCUGGUAGUUACAGCUGUUGGAGUGGGGGUGGCAACGGCCGGUGGAAUCACCUCAGCCUCUGCGGCCAUCUCGGAUAACGUUAACAACAUGCACGACCGGAAGAAGGUGGAGACAGUACUGCAGGAGUAUGAGGCUCACCUGCUGGACAUUGGCAAGAUCCUCCACUUUGUAAGUCAUGGCUUGUACAAACUUCGCGGCCAUCCUUUCCUCAGGUCUGGCACCCAACACUACUCGGAGGACUGGGAGAUCCGCAGUGCCGUCCAGAUGAUCAGCCUAGUCGACUUGCCCGUGUUACGGGCAACGGAGGUAACGGACUCAGCUGUAGCUUCAGUCCAAGGACUCUUCAAAGGCAUGGACGAGUACUUCAUCAAGGACUCCCGGGAGCUGAAGAAAGGCUGCAAGAAAGAGAUUGUGUGUCAAAUAAAGGAGGUGGCAAACGUGCUGAAUGACUGGAUAGUGGAGCUCAACACCAUCAGAGAGGAGCUACAGGAUGCUACAGGAAACAUGUGAGCAACAUCCUGCCCCCUCCUGGCUAAAUAAUGGUUGCUGUCGUUUUAAAGGAAUUCAUGUGCCUUGUUGAAUUUUUUUAACACCAGUUUGCUGAAAACAGCAGACUCUGGACAUCAUCAGAAAUGUAUAGAACCGACUGUAUAUUCCGAUCCACUGCAAUAAUGUGAAACUUAUAAUGGUCAUUUUUGUUUGGGAUUUUUGCUGAGAGGUGUUAAUUCAACUCUGGUUACUUUUGAGACUGUAUAUUAUUCUUGUUGUAUUAUUAUUUUGUAAGAUGUUUACUGUUCACACAGGGACUGGUCAAAAUAACAGGAACAGGGAUACCUUUUUCUGUGCACUGUGUGUGUUGUUCUCUGGUUGAAGGGUGUGUGUGUGUAUAUAUAAGGUGCAUCUGAAUAUAGCAUUGUGGUCACACACAUGGGAAACGUUUUUAAAUGAUUACCAGUUUAAUUUGUCCACCUAUUGUAUGCACAUGAUGAGCACAAAUUUGCAAACGUCACCUUACAGUACAGUGCAGGCCAAUAGAGUAAUACCACAAAUUCAUGAUUGAGUUUCAUGAUACCUGUCUGACACAGUCCCACCAAAAACCUACAGAAAUUCACAAAGGUAGUAUUUCCUUUUAGGGCUAUUGUAAUGAGUUGCAUUUUAAUGUCAGUGUAAUGAAACGGAUAUGAAUAGUCGAAAAUCUACAAUGAGACUCAAACAGAUUAAACUGAUUUUUAAGAAAAAGAGUGACAAAAAAACUUGCCUUAGAUUUGUUGAAUUGAAUUUACUGUAGUUAGUUUACAACAGGACUAUGUUUGUAAAUAGUAACCUUCUGCUUACGUUAUCUUACAAGGACAUUCAUAUUUGAAGCGUUUCUUCUAUAAAGGGAAAAUGUGACAAUGCCCCGUAUUCAAAAUAAAAUUAAUGUUGUAAA